GCACCACAGCGGUGCUGGCAAUGGAGGGCUAGCUGGUUACUUGUUAUGCUAGCUUGAAGUUUUAGAGGUUUUGUGUCUUUAUUGCUUUGAUUGUUGUCGAUUAAACUUAGUCGGUUUACAUCAGUUUACAUCACAAUGGCAGCCGACGGCGAGUCUCCGAGAGCACACUGUGUUCACUUUGACGAAUCUCCAAAAAGUCCGCGGGGAAGUUCCCCAGGAAAUCCCCGCACGGUUAUAUUAUUGUCGACGAGCCGCGAGGCAGACCUGCUGACACCCGGCACUCAUCCCCGGCUACACUCGUCAAGGCUGGGCGGCUCGGGGGGCCGUCAAAUGCCGGAUUGCUAAAAGUCAGACCUCCGUUGAAAGGAAGACCAAGGAACCCCGACAUGGAUCGCGACGGCGCGGACAAGAAGAGGAGCUUCAGCACCCUCAACACUUUGUACCACGAGAGCCGGCAGGAGAUGGAGCUCCUGGCCAAGCAGCUGGCCCUCAAGGACAACAUCAUAGCCGAGCUCGAGGCGAGGCUGGCCGGCCACGAGAGGACGUGCGUGGCGGUGGGCGACAACCGGUCCGUGGUGGUCGGGCCGUCCAAGUCCUUGCUGGAGAGCUUGUGUCAGGAGAUCUGCAAACUGAAACAGAAGAGGAACGAGACGGAGUUCAAGGCCUCCAGACAGGCUGAGGAGAUCCAGAGGCUGACCACGCAGCUCCGGGAGAAAGAUCUGGAGCUGGACAACGUCAGGAGCGGCUCGGGCCAUGAGAAGGACCGGGAGAUCCAGCGGCUGCGCUCGGUCCUGGGCGAUCGGGAGCGCACCGAGGCCACCAGGGCCGUGCUGUGCUCCUCGCUGGCCGAGGAGGCCCAGCAGCUGCGGGGCCAGCUGGGGGCCACCGUGAGGGUGUGCCGACAGCUGUUGGCCCGCAUGGACGGGACCAAGAGCGGGGAGGCGGGCGUGGAGGAAGGGGUGAAGAAGCUGCCAGAGUCACCUGACAGGUGCGUCAAGGCCCAAGUGCGGCAUCUUCAGGAGGAGAACCAUCAGUUGAAGCAGCGCGUGGCCUACGUCCAGGCCCUCAACUCCCAAUGGCAGAAGUACGACUCCAGCAGGGAGGACUACAUCCGAGGACUGUGUCGGCGCCUGAGGGUCGGCGCCGGCCGGGCUCCGCUUCUCGGCCUGGGCUCGGCCGGUGGCGGCGGCGGCUUGCUUCAUCAGGAGAUCUCCAGACUCAACGACUCACUGGAGGACAAGCUGAGCGAGUGCGCCCGACUCAGGACGGAAAUGGAGGAGAUGCGCAGGAAAGACCGAGAACGCAUCCAGACCCUGGAGCAGCAGGUGGUGAUCUACACGGAGGACUUUAAGUCGGAGCGAGCGGACCGCGAGCGAGCGCAGGGUCACAUCCAAGACCUGAAGGAGCAGAUCUGCCAGCUGAAGCUGCAGCUACACAAGCAGCAGGGGGCGAGCAGGGAGCUGCCUUUGUGUCACGUUCACAUCGGACACCGGGUGUCCUCGCAGCGGCCGCCGGCCACCUCCCCCUCCGCCGUCGGCAAGUGGACGACGACGCAGAGCCCCGCCUUUCACGCGGACCUUUCGGACCUGCAGUGCCCGCGCUGCCUCGUCACCUUCGACGAAGACGCCGCCGCCGAGUACCUCAACCACUGCGAGGAGUGCGCCACGCUAUGAAAUCGGGAAUGACCUCGUCCACGGUGGUUUGGGAGGACUGGCUGUGUCGUCAGACCGCCAAAAUAAAACACCAUAGGUCAGGUGUUCCGCAAACGUCUCCGACCAGGAAGACACACAAUGACACAAAAUACACAACUCAUUUGUUGUCGAGGGGCUGCAGGGUCCAAGGAAUGGGUGUCAUUAAGGAAGUAUGAACUGGUCCAACUUCCUCCAUCAACCAGGAAGUCGUCUGCUGACUACCAAACUGGACUACUGGCCUUGGUGGAGGUCAUUGUUGUCGCACACGCUCAGUAGAAUGCAUCCAAUGGUGUCCCAAGACUUUUGCACAGUCCCGUGGAUGCAUAAGCUCACAUUGAAACCAUUUAUUCAAAUGAUAUAUACAAUAUGUUGAUAUUUGUAUUUAUUCAACAACAAUAAA